CAUCGACACAGGAUGGAACUGACACCACUCUACUGGAUACUCUUGAUGUUCAGUUCUGGUCUGACUGCAGGUGAUGCCUCUCUUCACAUCAGUCCAGACAGCUCUCAGGUCUUUGAGUAUGAUUCUCUAACUGUUAGCUGUGAUGUUGGAUGGGUUGUGAAGAGAUUCACAUUAAAAGAAGAGACUACAGAGUGUGGUAAUACCUGGGGGAAGAGGAACAUUCUAGACUGCAUCAUCAGCAGCUUACGUACCAGAGACAUUGGACAGUACUGGUGUGAGUCUGGGUCUGGAGAACGAAGCUCCACUGUCAACAUCACAGUUCAUGAUGGUUGUGUGAUCCUGGAGAGUCCUGCCCUUCCUGUGACUGAGGGACAUUCUGUGAGUCUGAACUGCAGAUACAAGAAAACUCCCUCUAACCUCACAGCUGAUUUCUACAAAGAUGGAUCCCUCAUCAGGAAUGAGUCUACAGGAGUGAUGACCAUCCCUGCAGUAUCACAGUCAGAUGAAGGACUUUACAGCUGUAGACAUCCUGAACUAGGAGAAUCACCAGAGAGCAGGAUGACUGUGACAGAUAAUAGGACCCCAUCCGCUCUCUUCAUCCCUCUUUCUGCGGCUGGCCUCUUCAUUUCUUUAAUUAGCCUACUGGUUGGGUUCUGCUACUGUAAGAGGAACAGAGAUGUGGCAUCUGAAUUCAGAGAUGAGAUGUACUGUGAAGUUAUGAAACCGGACCAAGUAUCCAAGAAAAGGAGAGAGUCUCCAGGAUCUGAUACACUUUACUCUACAGUGCAGAGACCAUCAGGACAGAGGAUGUAGUGGGACUCUGUCAGACCAGAUGGAAACAGACAGGCUUGUCAGCAGCAGUCGAUCAGCCCAUCUCAACUAAUCUCUAUCUUUACCUGUGGUCUUCUGUCUCACAUCCACGCAUGUAUUUUUAGGUUCUUGUAACUGUACAUUUACACCCAUCAAGUUAUGGCUCGAGUUAUUUUACCAUGAGAAUAUACAUACAAACAUCUCUGUCUGGAACCAGGUCACAGUAUUACAGUAAAAACUGUUCUUAUUAAGAUUGUUUUACUGCCUGUACAUGCAUUUGCAAACAGUCAUUAAAAAAGCUGUUUGAAAAUGAUAAAUAUAAAAAGCUGUUCAGGGAUCAUAGCCUAGUGAAGGGGUUAUCAAUCAAUCAAAUUUAUUUAUAAAGCCCUUUUUACAACAGCAGUUGUCACAAAGUGCUUUACAGAGACACCCGGCCUUAAACCCCAAGGAGCAAACAACAGUAGUGUUGAAUUUCAGUGGCUUGGAAAAACUCCCUAAGGUUAUAGCCUAGUGUAGGAGUUAUAGCCUAGUGAAGGGAUCAUAGCCUAGUGAAGGGGUUAUAGCCUAGUGAAGGGGUUAUAGCCUAGUGAAGGCAGUACCUGAUAUUCAGCAUUAAGAACAACAUUCAGAUAAAAACCAUCUUCCAGCUAAAGAGUCCAGACUUUUUGGGGGGAGCAUAUAACUGCAGUAUGGAUGACAACUUGUCAAAUAAAGCUUCUUAUAUCG